GAGACAGGUUAGAGGGGCUGAGGCUGAGCGAGGGGUUAAGGUGAGAGGGUUGUUAUGAGGUCUUAUGUGGAGGUAAUGGGAUCAGCCUAAGAGGAUCAGUACUUGUUGAUCCUGUAGUCUGUGGUCCGUCUCCCCCUCAGGUCUCCUUCUGGAGCCUGGAGCCCUCUCUUCGUCACCGUGGUAACGCAGACCCUCUGAAGGAAGUCCUCACAGUCUUUUUUAGGUCAAAUCGACGCAAAUGAAGAAACGUGUGCGAAAAAUGAGUCACAAAAGUUGGUUGUUCUAUUCAUGUUCAAACUUUCUUUGGAAGCUGAACAGACGAAUGCAUUUACCUUUAGAAUAUGUUCUCUCUGAUUACAUGGGGCCGUCUGGGCGGAGGUUCAACCGGCGCUCUAGUCUCACUGAUCCCUCCCUGUGUCCCCUGUCCCUCAGUGCUGUGCUCGGACCGAGUCGGCCAGGUCACCAAGACGUACCACGACAUCAAGGCCGUCACACACCUGCUGGAGGAGAAAGAGCGGGACCUGGAGCUGGCGGCGCGCAUCGGCCAAUCGCUGCUCCAGCAGAACCAGGAGCUCACGGCCCGCAACCUCCAGGUGGAGGAGCAGCUGGAGGCCACCAAGGAGGAGAUCGCUCAGCUCCGCCACGAGCUGUCCAUGAGGGACGACCUGCUGCAGUUCUAUGCCGGCAACGAGGAGGCCGAGCGAUCUGAGACCCAAUCUCCAAUCAAACGCAACGAGUCGACCGCUUCUCUCAGCAGCUUCGUCCACUAUGACUUCCUGCACCAGAAGCUACGGGGGCUGGAGGACGAGAACCGCAAGCUACGCACCGAGGCAGACGACCUGACGACGGAGACGGAGAGCUACGAGGAGCAGGAGCAGGAGCUGAUGAUGGUGUGUGUGGAGGAGCUCACGUCGGUGAACCGGCGGGUGGGUGACCUGUCGGAGGAGCUGGGCCGGAGGGUGGAGGACUCGCUCCGUCAGCAGGAGGAGAUCAGCUCUCUGCUGGCCCACAUCGUGGACCUGCAGGCCCGCUGCAAGGGGCUCAGCCACGAGAACGACGGCCUCAGCGUGCACCUGAACGCCUCGCGGGAAGGGCAGAUAAUCCUGCGCUCAGAGAUGAAUGACUUGCAGGUCAAGUACGCGCAGUGCGAGGACAUGCUACGGGAGGCCAGAGAGGACAUCAAGAACCUGCGCAACAAGAGCCUGCCCAACAGCACGGUACAGCGCUACAGCGCAUUGGCCUCCGUCUUCCCCAUGGACUCCCUGGCCGCAGAGAUAGAGGGCACCUUCCGGAAGGGCCUGGACAGCCCCGCCCCCUCCGAGUACAAGAACCACCCGUGGCGCGUGUUUGAGACGGUGAAGGUGGCCCAGCGGCUGCGGUCCCGCUGCCCCUCCCCGGCCCUCCCCGGCUCCAGCCCCCCCUCCGCCCACUCCUCCUCCACCUCCACCCCCCGGACCAGCUACUACGGCUCGGACAGCGCCAGCUUCAGCCUGGAGGACCGCCUCCAUCCGGCGCCGCCGGCAGAGCCGGACCACAGCUCCACCCAGGCGGGCCCCAAGCGGCUGGGCCAGCCCGGGACCCCCGGGGGGCGGGACCUGGAGGCGGCGCUGUUCCACCUGUCGGCGCGGCAGCAGAGCCACCUGUCGGAGCGGCCCUUCUUCGACGUGGAGCGCGAGAGGAAGAUGAGGGCGCUGGGGGCGGGGCCGGCCGGGGGCGGGGCCGGGGGGGAGGAGGAGGGGGGGCAGGACUCCAGCGGGUUCCUCACCCCCGACGGCAGCCUGGGCUCCGCCUCCACCGGGACCAACUACUCCAACGGCAGCUCGCGGCCCUCGGGGUCCUCGGGGGGCCGGUCCUACCUGCCCGACCGGCUGCAGAUCGUCAAGCCCCUGGAGGGCUCGGCCACGCUGCACCAGUGGCAGCAGCUGGCCACGCCCAACCUGGCGGGCAUCCUGCAGCCGCGGCCGGGGGUCCUGACCAAGGACUUCAGGGAGCUGGAGGGCGACGUGCAGACGGUGUACAGCCUGAACGACCCCGAGGAGGACGACCUCUGCCCCUCCCCCGGCGCCAUGGCAUCUCCAUUCGGCCCCGCCCUCCCCCUGAGUCCUCCCCCCAACUCCAUCUCCACCCGUCCAGCCCUCCGCCCCUCCCUCCUCACCCCCUCCUCCUCCUCCAGCCCUGGCCCUCGCCGCCGGCCCGCUGGCGGGGGCGCCGCUGAGCCUCUGAGCGUCUGGCCGCCGUCCAAUCAGCAGCAGCCCGUGGCCCCGCCCCUGUUCGGCCCCGCCCUCCCCAGCCCAGCGCCUCUGGGUCUGGUGAAGCUUCUGGAGCGGGAGGGGAUCACCGGGGGGUCCCGGGGCGCCGGACCCCCCCCACGCCGCCGCCGCCAGGGGGGGCUGGCGCCGGGCGCCCCCCAGGGCAGCCCAGAGGGAGACCCCGGGGGGGCGGGGCUGGGGGCGGACCCGGGGAGGGGGCGGGUCUUCAGCCUGAACCUGGUGGAGAAACUCCAGAACCUGGGGCUGCACCGGGUGGCGGCCUGGGGGAUGGGGGGCAGGGGGCAGAGACCCACCCUGAGGUCAGAGGUCAGAGAACCACCCUGAGGUCGGAGGUCAGAGACCCGCCCUGAGGUCGGAGGUCAGAGACCCACCCAGAGGGCGGAGGUCAGAGACCCACCCUGAGGGCGGAGCCGGGCGGUUUGACUUUCGCCGUGUGUUCCUCUGGACUCCUGCGUCUCCACGCCGCGCCGUCGGAGUCCCCUCAGGACCUCCUCAUGAGUCAGCUCAUGACCUCCUGAGUCCCCUCAGGACCUCCUGAUGAGUCCCCUCAGGAUCUCCAUUUGUUCAGCGUUUUGUUUCUCGGGUUCCUCCGAGCGACUCCGCGGGGGCGUGGCCAAAGUCUCUCUGGGCGUUUAAGUCGCUUUGAUCAGCGCUCCUCUCCCUAGUCCAACAAUCUGAGUUGUAGUCGUAGUAACAGCAGGUCCGUCUCCAUGGGGUCGUGUGUGUGUCUGAAACCCGCCAACUCAGCACCCAUCGUCCCCUCGUUGGCCCGAACUCAUCUUCUGUGCAUCUUGUCACUUUUUUAUCGAAUGUAAAGGGAAUGCGAAUUGCAGUACUUGUUUUUUGAUGGGAGGAAAUGAUCUACUCCUUCGGGACAAUCCAAGAGAACAAUCUGUUAAGUUAAAAACCCACAAUGCCGUCUGUUAAUCACAUGGAAGGACUCUCUGAUGAUUGCACUAUUUCCUUGUCUGGUAAAUCCUGCAUGCUUUGUGUUGAAUCGUACUGCUGCACUUCAAGAGAUAUGAGAUGUAGAAAUCCGUCAAUGACCGCUUGCACUUAAAGCAUUAAGCUGUGACACCGCUGUCGCAUUCAGCACAGAACCAAACUCACAACCACCGCUGUUUGGUGCUCAAAGACCAGGCACCCUGAGUGAGAUGUUGAGGCUGUAGCAGACACUCUUAGGAUGAUGUUCAAGGUGACACCCUGAGUGAGAUGUUGAGACUACGCUCUGGUCCCCAUGAGCAAAGUGCUGUAAGUGUGUUUAUUUCCUCGCUGACUGACGUUCUUCUUGUAUGAAUGAUCUGCUGGAUUUUUGGUCAUCAGGACUCGACUGUAAUGUGGACACAGCCCUGUCUAAGAAGAGCUUCAUGGAGCUGAUGUGACACCAGAUGAAUGUAUUUAUUCAGACUUCUUUAAAGGAACUUUGUGUACAAUCAGAAAUCAAUAAUAACGUAGGAAAGCUAGGAUAAGAAAAAGGAGGAAUCCAAAGGUGACGCUAGUUUGUGGCAAUAAUGAACCAAACUGUUCUGUGUCUCAUCUCUGAGACUUUGAAAUGCUCUACCCAUGUGUGUUGAUGGAGGUCACAAUCCCAGUCUUUUGUCGACGUGUAAAUACCGUGAUUGAUCUGUGAAUAAACCUUACUGUGGAUUUACCGGCA